AUGGUAACAAGGGAUGUAGCUCCCACAUCAGACCCAAUAGCAGGACCUUCCUCAUUGCCAGGUAAGCCUCUUUACAUUACACCAAAAAUUCUACUAGAUCUGGCAUGAAGCACAAGUAGGUGAUAUCUUCACUUUCUCUAUUUGAAGUUGCUGUUCCGAUUUGCAAUGUUUUAGAGUUACAUUGAUGUUUAUAAUAUUUAUGCUACACACUUUUCACAAAAUAAAUUGGCACAUGGUUUUUCUUUCUUAGCAGUGCCAGACCAGACAGAGAGACAACCAAGAGGGCAAGCUAUAAGGGCACGUCCAGUCUGUUCUGACUGCAAGAACCCAAUGAGAGGACACAAUUUUGUCACAGACUGUCCCAGAAAUAGGAGAACCUAA